AUGUCCAACUUCAUGCACAAAGUCAAGGAUGCCAUGACCGAUCGCGACAAGGACGCAGACCGCUUCAACGAGCCCGGCCAGGAAAGCUACGGCUCAUCCAAUGCUCCUACGAAUACUAACACCAACCCCUCUGGUAAGACGAACCCAUUUGGCUCGACCCAUUCUGGCGAUGGGGCCACUCGUCACACUAGAUUCAAUGAGCCCCAGAAUGUAGGUGAGCCAACCAAUACCGGAAUGGGCAGCCAAAACAUCGGUGGCUCUGGCUCCGACCCCUACGCAUCGACCAGAACAGGGGGUGCAACUAAUGCCGGACCCCAUGAUUCAGCAAUGGCCAACAAGAUGGAUCCUCGCGUGGAUAGUGACAUGGAUAACCGCGCCAACCAAGCCAGGACGGAAGGAGACCGUCCAAACGUUGCUCAGGCCCAAGGCUUCAAUCCUAGCAACACAUCAUCUCUCAGACAGCAGCAGCAACAGCAACAGCCACAACAGCAGUCUAGUAUGCAGCAGCCCAUGCAACAGUCCGGUAACCAGCAGGGCAUGCAACAGCCCGGUAUGCAAGGCUUCGACAACCACAAAUCCAGCGAAGAGAACUACUCCAAAUCUACCCAGGAACACAGUUCUCAUUCCCAGCCCACAUCCGACCAGAUGAGCAGCCAAGAUGACUACAACACCUCCACGCAAGAGAACAAGUCUCACUCAUCCACUAGCCAUGCCGCACCCUGCCAGACGAAUGUAGGUGGCCAGACAGGCGGUAUGGGUGGUAAUGCUCAGCCAAAUUUCGGUGGGGAUGCUGCUGCUGGUGGUAGUAGCCUUGGUGGUACCGGUGCUGGACGAUCCGGGCAAGCUCAGAAUGCUGAUCCUAUGAAUAAACUUGAUCCUAGGGUUACUCGAGCGAACGAGCAGCAGAACCUGGCAGGGAAUCAGCGAGGUGGAUAUUAA